AAUACCCUGUAAUUAGUCUCCGUUAUUUAUCUUGGGUCUUCUCUGCAGCUAAGAGGCCGGGCAAACCCUACUGCCAAGCAAGAAUUGACUCCAAAUAAAGGUGCAAUGAUGAGGAAUUUUAUCGUAGUUGUGAAUAUUCUGGCAUUAACUCUGCCCUUUUUGGCUGCAGAGAUACAAAACCCAGAUUCAAACUGCCGUGGUGAGAAGAAUGACAUAGUGUACGAUGAGCAAAGAGUCCUGUACACACCAGUCCGCUCCGUCCUGAACUUCAAUCAAUAUGAACCUAAUUACUACCACUACAGGCCAUCUUUGCCUGCUACUGCUAGCCCAUACAUGUACUACCCACUUGUUGUUAGACUACUUCUGCUUAGGUCUCCAGCCCCAAUCUCCAAAUGGCAAUCAAUGCCAAAUUUCCCCCAGUCUGCUGGAGUACCUUAUGCCAUUCCAAACCCAUCCUUUCUUGCCAUGCCUACAAAUGAAAAUCAGGAUAACACCGCCAUUCCAACCAUCGACCCCAUUACUCCCAUUGUGUCCACACCAGUUCCUACCAUGGAGUCAAUAGUAAAUACUGUGGCCAAUCCUGAAGCUUCCACAGUGUCUAUCAAUACCCCUGAGACUACUACAGUCCCAGUGUCCUCAACUGCAGCAUAAAACACUAAGGAAACAUUGAAAAAGACAAUAAAGUUCUUUACUUCAGAUACCAUUCCUGGAAAGAUCCAUGAAGUUGAACCUUAUAAAUACCUUUUUGUUAAAUCAUGAGAGAAGUGAAAUGCUUAACUUUAAAAGCUAAUUAAGAUUAAGUGAAUGCUUUCAGAAUAUUGAUCACAAAACAAACUACUAUUGAUUAUUUGAAUAAGUUACUAAAGCUUAAAAUAACUUCUAAGGAGUUAAAUAAUGAGAAAUAUUAAUAACCUUUUAAAAUCUCACAAAGGGUAAAACAAUUGAGGUACAAAAGUAUGACUGCUGAGUUCCGUUAUAACAAAUGAUUUUUAUCUGUCAAACUGACUGCUUGUUCUGUGGUCUAAGAUGCCACAGGAAGGCCUGUGAUCUGAGAGACUGCGACAGGCAAGGAAGAGGAAUCUUCUACCUUCUCAGCAGUAACCUGAGACUGGUUAACAUUCUCUCUGGAUUGUCAUUCUGAUGUAACUUUGAGCUCACACUCAAGUACAAAUGUGGGUAGAAUGUACAAAGUCAGAACUUGUUCAAAUUCAAAUGUGGGCUUAAGACUACACCAUGUUCCCACUGGCACUAAUUAAGAGAACAGAAACCACCUGUGGCUUCAUUAGAAGGCCAUCUGCACAUAUCUUGAAAUUGAGUUGUUAUUUAGUAACUUGUGUUAAGAAAGAGAUGAUUCUCAAAGAUAGUUUGAAGAUUAUAAAAUAGGAAAAAGGAUGAAAACGAGUAUUUAAUAUGGAAUUAUAUAUUUUAUUGAUCCAAAGUAUUGUAUGACCAUGCUUUUAAUGAAGCAAUCAGUGUUCAAUCGUAUGUUUGCUCAUAUCUCAUGAAUCUAGAGUCCUGAAUUAAAACCAUUAUGUACCAUUUAUAAUGAAACUCAGUGAAGGAUAAUGUUUUUGUAUAAAACUUAUCUCCAUUGUGUUGUACGCUAUAGGUCAAUUUUAUGUGUUUGAAUUGAAACAUUAAAUUUAUGGGC